AUGGAGCGCCGAAACUACUCCAAAGCAGUGCAUCUUCCUGAUGAAAUACCUGGAGCGUCGUUGAGUCUCAGUAUCUUCGAGCGUGUCGCAGUAUCCUACCUUCACCGUCCUCAAGAUGUACUAGCUCUCAUGAAAACUUGCCGUAAGCUUAAUGGGGCCCUGGCAAAUGAAUUGUACAACACAGAUGUUUUGCUGGAACAACCUUUACAGGGGAUUGAUGAACCAUAUUUGGUCAACUCGGAUGUUGCCGAUGUAGAGAACAUAUUGGAAGAAGAUGACGAGAUCGACAAGCCUGUGGACAAGGGGUGGAACUAUACUGAAACAACUGCAGACGACGACGAUGACAGCGAUGAAGGAAUGCAGGACUGA